AUGGAUACUGUUCUUUGGAGCUCCAUGAUUGCAGCUUAUGGGUUUCAUGGAUAUGGAAGAGAGGCCAUUUACCUCUUUGAGAAGAUGGUCGGAGAAGGGAUCAAGCCCAAUGAGAUUACCUUUCUUGGUUUGCUUUUUGCUUUUAGCCACAGUGGGCUCAAGGACCAUGGGUUGGAGCCAAAUUUGGAGCACUACACUUGUAUGGUUGGUCUUCUAGGAAGGUUGGGUUUCUUAAAAGAAGCUGAAUCUCUGAUCCAAUCAAUGCCAUUCAAACCAGACCCCGUUAUUUUGAAGACUUUGCUUUCAGCCUGCAAAAUUCAUGGGGAUGCAGAGGUCUCAAAGAGAGUUGCAGAGGACCUUAUAUUAAUGGAACCCAAUGACUCUGCACCUUAUGUUUUAAUCUCAAUUAUACAUGCGGCGUCUAAGAGAUGGGAGGAUGUUACUAGAGUGAGAAAAGCCAUGAGAGACUCCAAGAGAGAGAUUCACAGGUUUUCAAAGAAACUCAUAGUGGAGAUCAAAGGACAUGGGUAUGAGCCUGAUACAAGCUCUGUGCUCCAUGACAUGGGUGAGGAAGAGGAAGAGGAUUGUUUAGCUGAUCAUAGUGAGAAGAUUCCUGUUGCGUUUGGCCUCAUGAAUUCACCUCAAGGGUGUGUUAUUAGGGUUAUGAGGAACCUAAGACUAUGUAUCGAUUGCCAUGUUGCGAUCAAGCUCAUCUCUAAGAUCACCAUGAGAGAGAUUGUAGUAAGAGAUAUUGAUUAUUUGAAGCUUUUCAGGGGAUUGGUUGAGAGUAUUUGUUCGGCAAAGAAGAAAGGGAUCCAGGACAAAGUUAUUCCAUGUCAAUCCACUUCUGAAAAGUUUGCCUCUUACGGUCUGCAAAUCUCAUAUGCCUAA